GCCCUUUUUCACUCGGAUUGCUACGAAAAGGACUUUGACGCCAGACAGGCAUCUGGGAAAGUGGUGAAGUCAUUUUCGCAUAUCUUCAAUUGAAACUUAAAAUCAACACGGACUCGAAGUUAGGACACCGCUUUAAAGAAUAUGCCCAAAAAUAAAGGUAAGGGAGGUAAGAAUCGGCGUCGUGGUAAGAACGAAAAUGAGUCCGAAAAGAGAGAGUUGGUGUUCAAGGAAGAUGGACAAGAAUAUGCUCAGGUGAUAAAGAUGUUGGGCAAUGGCAGGUUGGAGGCUAUGUGCUUUGAUGGGGUGAAGCGACUCUGUCACAUCCGGGGAAAGCUCCGGAAAAAGGUGUGGAUCAAUACAUCAGACAUUAUUCUUGUUGGACUAAGAGACUAUCAGGACAACAAAGCUGAUGUCAUCCUGAAGUACAAUGCUGAUGAAGCCAGGAGCCUGAAAGCCUACGGAGAGCUUCCGGAGCAUGCCAAAAUCAACGAGACGGAUACCUUUGGACCUGGAGAUGAUGAUGAAAUCAUGUUUGAUGACAUUGGUGAUGAUGACGAGGACAUUGAUGAUAUCUAAACACGACACUGUGAGGAGGAGGGGUACGCGUGCUCGGCCUGGACAGAUCUGACCAAUCUCCUGAGCUGUCUUUGGAGUUGCUCCCUUCCUCCCCGCUUAUCAGGUGGCUACCUUUGGGAUUCCGUCACCUCUAACCUGACUGCAGCACCAGGCUCACCCGAUAUAUUUUGUUAUCUUAUGUAUUUAUAUUAAUUUCACACACACAUGUGGAAUUUAGUUCAGAAUCUCUGGAUUCGCAAUAAAAAAUAUGAACCAUUUUAUAUUUGGUCUGGCAGUCUGAAUCAUUGUAGAAGUUUUUAGUCAACUUGUUAUCUCCGCCUGAGAGCUUAGAUGGUAAGACGUGUUUCUUCAGGAACAGUUUGAUGCCACUAACAUGCCUCCAGAUUCACUCUGAAUGUGUAUUGUUUCCCUUUCUUCUCCAUUAAAUACUGAUAUUACAAUGCAAUAGCUCAUGCAUUGAUCGUAAGAAUUAACACCAAAUUGAGAGCAAGCUCGUCUCAGGCCCAUUAACCCACAGGCUCCAGUUUUCUGUAUUUUUCUAUUUGACAACCUCAUUAUGUUUUUUUUUUUUUUUUGGUCUCUGGUAUAGAUAAAUUGAAUAAUGAAAAGAUCUCUGUGCAAAGCAGCUGCAUUUCUGAAAACAAGCGCAAAUGCCUGUCCAAGCCUCUCUGUUUCUAUUUGUAUAGCAGUUGUGUUGCAUUUAAGUAUUGUAAAAUGCUGUCUUUAUGGAUUGAGGGAUGUUGAAUAAAAAAACACCGAUACAUUAAA